GCCGUCAAUGCGCAGGCGCGGCGGCGUCCCGCCCACUCCGGCCUAGCGGCUCUGGGCCUGCGGCGGACGCUGAGGGUUGGAGCCCGGGACGCGGUCGCGGGCGCGCAGCCAGCAGCUCCCGGCCCUUGCCCCCCGGGCCCUGAGUACCGGCCUCGCCCCGAAGGAGGAGCCCGAGGCCUCCGUCCCGGCGGCGAUGCUGCCCCGUCAGCUGCUGGCGCGGCCCGCGUGGUUGUUCCGGUGUCCCCCGGGGCCGCGCGGGGCUUGUGUCCCGGGAGCCGCGGGUUCUUGGGGUCGGCCGGUUGGCCCCCUGGCCCGCAGGGGCUGCUGCUCCGCCCCCGGGACCCCGGAGGUGCCGCUGACCCGGGAGCGCUACCCCGUGCGGCGCUUGCCGUUCUCCACGGUGUCUGAGCAGGACCUGGCCGCCUUUGAGCGCAUCGUGCCCGGCGGGGUCGUCACGGACCCGGAGGCGCUGCAGGCUCCCAACGUGGACUGGAUACGGACGCUGCGAGGCUCUAGCAAGGUGCUGCUGAGGCCACGGACCUCGGAGGAGGUGUCCCACAUCCUUAGGCACUGCCACGAGAGGAACCUGGCCGUGAACCCACAGGGGGGCAACACAGGCAUGGUGGGUGGCAGCAUCCCCGUCUUUGACGAGAUCAUCCUCUCCACUGCCCGCAUGAACAAGGUCCUCAGCUUCCACAGUGUGUCUGGAAUUCUGGUUUGCCAGGCGGGCUGCGUCCUGGAGGAGCUGAGCCACUACGUGGAGGAACGGGACUUCAUCAUGCCGCUGGACUUAGGAGCCAAGGGCAGCUGCCACAUCGGGGGAAACGUGGCAACCAACGCUGGGGGCCUGCGGUUUCUUCGAUACGGCUCACUGCAUGGGACUGUCCUGGGCCUGGAAGUGGUGUUGGCCGACGGCACCAUCCUGGACUGCCUGACCUCCCUGAGGAAGGACAACACGGGCUAUGACCUGAAGCAGCUGUUCAUCGGGUCGGAGGGCACUUUGGGGGUCAUCACUGCGGUGUCCAUCCUGUGUCCACCCAAGCCCAGGGCUGUGAACGUGGCUUUCCUCGGCUGUCCAGGCUUUGCUGAGGUUCUGCAGACCUUCAGCACCUGCAAGGGGAUGCUGGGCGAGAUCCUGUCUGCGUUCGAGUUCAUGGAUGCUGUGUGCAUGCAACUGGUCGUGCGUCAUCUCCACCUGGCCAGCCCGGUACAAGAGAGUCCAUUUUACGUCCUCAUCGAGACUUCAGGCUCCAACGCAGGCCAUGAUGCUGAGAAGCUGGGCAGCUUCCUGGAGCACGCACUGGGCUCCGGCCUGGUGACCGACGGGACCAUGGCCACCGACCAGACGAAAGUCAAGAUGCUGUGGGCCCUGAGGGAAAGGAUCGCAGAGGCGCUGAGCCGAGAGGGCUACGUGUACAAGUACGACCUCUCCCUCCCCGUGGAGCGACUCUACGACAUCGUGACUGACGUGCGCGCCCGCCUUGGCCCACAUGCCAAGCACGUGGUGGGCUACGGCCACCUGGGAAACUUGGCCCUUAUCAGAUCAGAUUUUGGAAACUUGAUCCGUGGCCAGCUUGUCAUCAGCUUUCAUAACCGUGGAGUGCUUGAAAACACUGUGCUCUCUGCAGUUGGUGGAAUCAGUGUUUGUACAGAUCCAUCAGAUAAAACGUGUACGUUGUGUGCUCAUUCUGCAUCCUGCUGACCUGCCACUCCCUGAGGGAGGUGUUAGAAAUCCGCUGACAACAGACUCAUCUGUUCCUCCUGUAGCUUUGCCAGUGCUGGAGACGUGGUCUUAGGGGCACAGGACAUGAGGUUCAUCUCUUCGUUCUGGGAAACUGAAUCUCUUAUCGUGAUGAACUCACACUUUGUCUCCAGCAUUGCCCGUUGCCUUGGUGUCUGCUUUGUUUAUUACACAGUGAUGCUAACUUUCUUUCAUUUAGUGUUUGCCUCACGUGUUGUUUUUCCUCCUGUUACUUUCAGCUUUUCUAUCCGUAAUGAUUUAGACGUGUUUCUUGUGGACGCCCCCGGACAGGUUUUUCGCGUGCUUGUUUGCCGUCUCGAAUGAGAGUGUUUGGCUGCUGAGCAGGUCCUGUGGCGCGUUGUUUGGGUUUGUUUACUUCACCCUGCUCUUGGUCUCUCACUUCUUGUCUGUUUUUUUCCUCUGGUUUUUGCUCUUCUUGUGGUUUAUGUUCUUUGUCAUUUAGCUUUUUGCCAUUUACUAACUGUUGGUGGUCGCCCUAGCAGCAUAGCGGGCGUUUCUAGCCCUCUGGGUUUGAGGUUAAUCAGAGUCACUAUCUUCCUCCCAAACAAUGUGUGAUGGUGAAUUCUCUGUGUCCGCUUGGCUGGGCCCUGGUACCCUCGUUUGGUCCAACUCCAGUCUGGAUGUUUCUGUGAAGGCAUUUUUUACGUGUGAUUAACAUUUAAAUCAGUAGAUGUUGGGUGCCGGAGUGAGUGGGCCUUACCCAGUCAGUCAAAGGCCACAAGCGCAAAGGAAGAGGGGAUUCUGACCCAGAUGGAGACUCGAGCUGCAGCACCAGCUCCUGCUGGGAUCUCCAGCCUGCUGACCUGGACUUCAGAUUUUAGACAUAGCUCCCUCAGUCCCAUGAAUCAGUUCAUUAAAAUCAGUGUCUGUCAUCUACCUGUGUCUCAGUGCGUCGCUCCGUCUUUCUCUGUAUCUUCCUUUAAAUAUGUGUAAUCUCACUCUCUUGCUCGCUCUCUCUGUACACACACAUCCUGCUGGUUCUGCCUCUCUAGGAGCCCUGAUGGCUGCACAGUGUGAGGACUUCAGGCCCCCGUCACUUUGGCUGUCGUUUUCCCCCCAGUUUAUGGUCAGCCCCUGUAUUUGCGGGCUUCACGUCAGAUUCAACCAUAAAAAUAACAAUACAACAAUAAAAAAAAUGCAACAAUAAAAAAUAAA